AUGUCUCACAUCUCAGGCCUUACAGCAGUGUUGAGCUUUGCCCUCAGAAUAUGCCCAAGCGUCAUCAUGAACCUGACAUCAAGCUCCAAGCCUGGAUUAUUCACCAAUAGCUCUCCUGGGAUGCGAGAUUAUCCUGACAUCGCCUUCAUCCCACAAGACCUCUGGCCGGAGGCUGACAACCGACAUGCCAAUGUCUCCCUCCUUGCACGGGGCACCAACUUGACCAGCCCUCAAGAUGCCACGCUCACACCUACUGUGGUGUACGACCCACUGGGCGGUCACUCUGUUUGGCAGGUCAUCAUUAUUGUCCUGCUAACAGGGUCAUUGUCUCUGGUCACCAUCAUUGGGAACAUCCUAGUGCUUGUUUCUUUUAAAGUCAACAAGCAGCUGAAAACGGUGAACAACUAUUAUCUGCUGAGUCUGGCAUUUGCGGACCUCAUCAUCGGGGUUCUCUCGAUGAACCUCUACACCACGUACAUCAUCAUGGACAAGUGGGCACUUGGUAAUUGGGCAUGUGACUUAUGGCUAGCGAUUGACUAUGUGGCUAGCAACGCCUCCGUCAUGAACUUACUGGUGAUCAGCUUUGAUAGAUACUUCUCGGUCACAAGGCCACUAACGUAUAGGGCCAAACGGACGACUAAGAGAGCAAUGACCAUGAUCGGCCUGGCCUGGUCCAUUUCCUUUGUGCUUUGGGCUCCUGCCAUCCUGUUCUGGCAGUUCUUUGUUGGGGAGCGAACAGUUCCUCCAGGAGAGUGCUACAUCCAGUUCCUCUCAGAGCCCAUAAUCACCUUCUGCACGGCCAUUGCAGCCUUCUACCUGCCUGUGACCAUCAUGACGGUGCUCUACUGGCGGAUAUAUAAGGAGACUGAGAACCGCUCCAAAGAUCUGGCUGGGCUUAAGGGCUCGGGGAACCAAGGCAAGCAAGGCAAUCAAGAGGAAACCACUGCCAUGAUGCCCACUACAGACAGCUCUCACAGCUGCAGCAGCUACACAGUGAACCAGCCAGGCCAGAAGGACGGAAGGCGGAAGAAAGCGAGACGAUUCCGCUUCUGGCCACUAGGUCGUGGUGGUCGUAAACGUCGCAGCACCAGCGACCCAGAGCACAGCAGUAGCGAUAGCUGGAAUAACAAUGAAGCCGGAGCCUCCAUGGACCAAUCAGAUGAGGAGGAGGAAGAAGAGGGUGCUGAGACAAGGGCCAUCUAUUCCAUUGUGGUGAACCUUCCUGGGAUGAACAACCUGCCCAACUCUGAACAAACGGGUACGCCUAAGCAAGACCAUCUGGAGUCUGAAGGCUUUACUGCAGAAAGACCUUCCAGCAAAGGCUUCUCCAAAUCGUCCACCCAAUCCCUGCCUGUUAUGGAAGGCUCCAAGCCUUCAGGAGGUUCUUCUGCCUCGAAAUCCCCACUUUUCUUAAAGGAUGCAGCAAUGGCGAAGGGCACUGCCUCCAAGGCCAAGACGCAGGCCAACAAGCGCAAGAAGAUAUCACUUGUCAAAGAGAAGAAAGCAGCUCAGACUUUAAGCGCCAUCCUCUUUGCCUUCAUCAUCACUUGGACUCCGUAUAACAUCAUGGUCCUGGUGAACACGUUCUGCGAUGACUGUAUCCCUGAGACUCUGUGGGCUCUGGGCUAUUGGCUGUGCUACGUGAACAGCACGGUGAACCCCAUGUGCUAUGCACUGUGCAACAAAACCUUCCGCACCACUUUCAAAAUGAUCCUGCUGUGCCAAUGGGACAAGCAGAAACAGAACAAGCCUCAGUUUCAGCCGAGGCAGACAGCAGUGACCUACAGGAAGAAGGAGUUGAUGUAGAGACAAGACACCAUAACCUAACAGAUUUCAAAGGAGCUGACCGGUCCAGUCUAGGGAUUUUUCAUACAAAGGGUUACAGUCCGUUUGCCCACAGUGAUGCCUUUUGGUGGGAUGAACACUUGUUUGUCCAAAGGGCUGUAAUAUUAGAGGUGUGCCAUUGCUGUUGUUCUGUGCCUCCAUUUGGACUCAAGGUGGCCUCUUCCUCCAUCAGCAGAGCGAGAGGCGAGUCAGUACGGCUAUAACAUCACUGAGGUGUUUGUGGAGACGAGAAAAAAAAAACAUUUUUGACGUAAACCUUCAAAAAGAAAGUAACUUCAGCUCGAGCCUGGUGUUUCUGUUUCCUGAUGUAUUUGGCCAUGGUGGUCAGACCGUGUUGGUUUCUGUUGUGGUCAUUAAAGAUGCAGUGUUUUCCCACACAGGAGUUUGCUUUACGAAGCUGCUUAUAUACGAAUCGCGUGAGGUGGUAUUUCGACAAGUGAGUGAUGCUGUUUUCGUCCUCAUUACGCAGUUCACAAUUCAUUCUGUACAAAUCAUUUUCUAUAUUUUUGAAAGGAUAUUCAGAUAAACAAUCUUAAAAAAAAAAAGUUUUGUGCGGCAAGAUUUUGGAGAUAUUUUGCAAUAAAGAUCAAAACAGAAAUGUGGAGAUGAAACGAGAGAAAAUGACUCAGAGGGAGUCUUAAGUUUCUGUGCUUGCAUUUGCUGAAGGGAAGUAAAUAAAUAUAUGAAUAAAUAAAUAAAUAAAUAAAUACAUGUACCUCUGAUUAUAUGAAGAUCAAUGCUACCCUCUAGUGGUUGAAAGACGCAAGAGUCAUGAAGAAGCAUUAGAAUAAGUUCAGCCAAACACGUUUGCCUUUUUUUAUUUAUGGUUUUAUUUAUGUUAUUUAUGUUUUUUUUAUCUGUAAAACAUGUUUUGAUGUGCCUUCCUUAAAGGUGAAUCAUGAAGACACAAUAGCCCUGCACAUUUUAGUGCUCUCCCUGUUUUAACACACCCACUCCAGCUAGGUGAGGGCCACUGUGGAUAAGAUUUGGCACCCUUGCACCCUUCCUAAAUCCUUUUUAAUUCAAUUCUUUUUUCAUAGAAGGGGAGCUUAGUUUUUUUGCAAUCUCUGUGUUUUGUGAUUUCUUGUGUUAUUUUUUUGUCUUGUACUGUGUUGUAAAUGUACACAUACUACCAGCCAAGUGUUUGGACACACCCAACUGAAUCUCUCCGAAAGAAAUGUGCUAAACUGGACCAUAAUCCUCUGAAAUGAUCUGUUCUAAGCUGUACUGCCUCCACACCCCGUGUCGUCUCCAGGCGUUUUAUUCUACUGUUCUAUUGUUGUCUACUGUUGACAAAUAUGAACUUUUCACCUGGAAAAACUGAUUUAAGGUCCAUAAUCAGACAUUAAAACCCCUCAAAGGCACAGCAGUGAACAUUGACAUUGUUUGUACCUUGACGAACCAAAAAUGUACCUGCACAGAACUUCAAUUUCUAACAGUGUAGUGGUCCAAAAAAGUAUGUAACUCCAAAAUAGUACCUUUACAGGAGAAGGUAAACAGUGAUUUUAUUUAAUGUGAGUUAAUUUAAAGAUAUUUUAUUCCUAAUGAUUCUGAAGUAUCUCUAUUAGAUUCUAUAUUCAUCAAAAAAAUGAUCACUAAAUAUAAUUUUCACACAAUCUGACAAAAAUGAACGAAUGAAUUUUUUUCUUUUACGCCGUUUUUAAUAAUCCUAUAGGUCUUCUAAUCUAAAGCUAAAGGCUUCUGCUUAAUUGGAGAUGAAAUUUGUUUCUAGGACAAAUAGACACAGUGAGGCUGAUUCGUUUAUCUGAUAGCAUUUCCAGUUUAAAUUGAAAUUUUAAAAAUGCAAAAUUGUUUUGUUUGUCCAAGCAUUUGACUGGUAGUUGGAGUUUGUCUAUACACGUCUGAUCAUGUAGUCGUAUGCAAAGUUAAGUGUGAAUAAGUGAGCACACCCUUUACGGAGAACACAUUUCUGCACAUUUUACUGCACCGUUACUGUUUAUUUACUGAAUUCAACAUAUAGGCAAACAUUUAGCAUGGAAUAUGGCCUGUGCAAAAGUUAUGGAACAUAGAUUUUAUGUUUUUGUAUGUAUUUCGUCACUGUCCAA